CCUUUCUAUUACCUUUCUAUAAAUAGAAAUUAGUUCCAGUGUUAUUGUAACUGUAAUGGCUAAGUUAUGCUUCUCGUUAUGCUUCUUGGUGUUUCUUCUGAUAGCCUCAGCCGCCACCGGAAGCCGUCCUCUUGAGCAGACUCCGGCCGGGCUGAAGGUGAGAGAUUUAAGCCCUUCUACUAAGGCUACGAGCAAGACGGUGGUGGAUGGUGAAGCUACUGGUGGAAGCGGCAUCCAAGGAAAAUCUCCAGAACGUUUAAGCCCUGGAGGAUCUGACCCACAACAUCAUUAG